AUGAAUUCCCUGACUAAAGAUUUGUGUUUCAAUAGCCGCAUGAAAUGGUUCCCUUGAACUGACACACAAGCCACUAAUAGAUGAAGAGUCAGAGGGCCCGCUUCUUUGAUUUUAAGGUUUUUCUGACAUUUAUAUAAACCAUCUUUCUGUAAAUAUACUUUUCCCUUCUCCGCGUUUCUAAGUAUCACUGACAGGCAAAAAACAAGGAUGUCUCAAGUUCACGACAAAUAUCAAUCACCUCUCACUUCACGUUAUGCCUCUAAAGAAAUGGCGUACAACUUUUCUGAGGAUAAGCGCUAUUCCACUUGGCGUCAACUGUGGACCAACUUGGCCAUUGCUGAAAAGCAAUUAGGCUUGACCGACAUUACCGACGAAGCUAUUGAGCAAAUGAAAGCCAACAUCUACAACAUUGACUAUGCUGUAGCUGCCGAAGAGGAACGAAAACGUCGUCACGAUGUUAUGGCUCACGUUCAUACGUUUGGCCUUGUUGCGCCUGCUGCUGCUGGUAUUAUUCAUUUGGGUGCUACAUCAUGCUAUGUCACUGAUAAUGGUGAUUUGAUCAUCCUCAGAGAUGCUUAUGAUAUUGUUAUCAAGAAACUUGCUCGUGUUAUCGACAUCCUUUCAAACUUUGCUAAGGAAUAUCGUGCUCUACCCACCUUGGGCUUUACUCAUUUCCAACCUGCUCAACUUGUCACUGUCGGUAAACGUGCCACUUUAUGGAUUCAGGAAUUAUUAUGGGAUUUACGUAAUUUUGAACGUGCUCGUAACGACCUCAAGUUACGUGGUGUAAAGGGCACCACUGGUACUCAGGCUUCCUUUUUGACCCUUUUCGAUGGCGAUCACGAUAAGGUCGAAAAACUUGACCAACUCGUUGUUGAAUUAGCUGGUUUUAAGGAAGCUUACCCCGUGUGCGGUCAGACCUACUCCCGAAAGAUUGAUAUUGACGUUUUACACCCUCUCUCUGGUUUUGGUGCAACUGCUCACAAGAUUGCCACCGAUGUUCGUCUUUUGGCUAGCUUGAAGGAAAUUGAAGAGCCUUUCGAAAAGGAUCAAAUUGGUUCCUCUGCCAUGGCUUAUAAACGUAAUCCUAUGCGUUCAGAACGUGUCACUUCUUUGUCUCGUCAUCUUAUGCUGCUCGUCAACGACGCCCUGCAAACCAGUGCUGUCCAAUGGUUUGAGCGUACUUUGGAUGACAGUGCUAACCGUCGUAUCUCUUUGCCUGAAGCUUUCUUAACUACCGAUAUCAUUUUGACCACUCUCCAAAAUAUUUGUGAAGGUAUGGUCGUCUAUCCUAAGGUGAUUGAACGUCGUAUUCAACAAGAAUUACCCUUCAUGGCUACCGAAAAUAUCAUUAUGGCUAUGGUAAAGAAGGGUGGUGACCGUCAAGAAUGUCAUGAACAAAUUCGUGUCUUAUCCCAUCAAGCUGCACAUGAGGUCAAGAUGGAAGGACGUGAAAAUGACUUGAUCGAACGUAUCAAGAAGACUGAAUAUUUCAAGCCUAUCAUUGAUGAGUUGCCUCAAUUGUUAGAGCCUUCUACAUUUAUUGGCCGUGCUCCUGAACAAGUGGAUAACUUUUUGGAAAACCACGUAAAGCCUGCUUUGGCACCAUAUGCUGAAGUUUUGAAGGAUACCACCAAAGCCGAAUUAUCCGUUUAAAGUGAGCAAUCAGUAUAUUACUUUUUUGUACAAUAGUAUUUAAUUUCCCCUUUUCCUUAUCUUUGUUGUUGUAUUCAUUCAUCACGGUUUGCUUCAACUUAUAAUAAAAUCGUAGGCAGAACUGCAAUUACUACGCCUACAUACAACAUUUUAUAGUCUUAAACAAUAAUAGUCGCUUUCUUUUUCUGUCAAUUAUUAUGUCAGGCAUUUUAAUGACUCUAACACAACUUAUCACGCUAAUACAUGCAAAUGUAUUGGAAAGAAAUUGAUUUCAUGGAAGGACUAGUAUUAGCUCGAUUUUUGAGUUGUAAUCAAAGAUGAGAACUACAUACUUGAGCGUUUAGCACAUUUAGAGUAGAUAAGAGUG